GACGAAGAAGAAGAAGAAGACUAAGAAGAAGAAGAAGAAGAAGAAGAAGAAAGGCGGCGGAAAGACCAUAGACAUGCUAACUAGACUUGAAUUGUUGUGAAGCUUCAAGCUAAAACACUGCCUAGCUGGUACCCUGUUGCAACUUUGCGUGCCGUUGUCGUUCGAUGUUUUCCAAGGAAGUUGUAUCCACGGUGUACUAGAGUGCGUAUAGUGGCAAGAUGCUGGUCUCUUUGAGCUUACAGUCGCAAGUGGCUUCUAUAAUCGACAUGUUGGCGAAAUCGGCCGUAGCAGAGAUUUGCAAGCUUAUCGAUGACGGUUCGGCGGUCUGGCAGCUGGAGAUUUCCAGGAGAGGGAAGGAGAACGAUGCGCUUAGGCGGAAACUGCUGCUGCUGGAGCACGAGCUACAGCUGCGGGCGACGUCAAGAUGUGGGCAGGAAAUGGAGUUUGCAGCCACUGAGGAGACUGACAUCAUAUUAAUCAAGGAAGAGAAACUGGAACAGGAUGAGGAAAAGUGUGACAGAUGGGAAACAGAUGGAAAGAGUGCUUUAGAGCCCUCUGGCCCCCCUGACUGUUGGGGGAGGGGUUCUGGUGAGCAGGCACCCUAUGAGGAGGACUGGGGGGAGGCUAUGCGCCCUGCGAAGGAGGUAGAGUUUGCCGAGCAACCCAGGCCUCACCCCAGUGAAGGGGAAGAGCCAGGCUGUGUAGGAGGUGGGGUAAAGGCAGAGAUAGAGGGAGAUCAUUCCAUCUUCCAGAGACCCAGACAGUCAGGCCCUGAGGGGGGUGGGGGGCAGGUGAAUAUCCCAGGCCCUGAGUGUGUAAUUGGUCAGGGUGUGGACUGGGGGAUUAGUGGCUUGGAAAUGGGCAGGCCCGACCCCUCCUGGGGAGAGAAUCUACACAAGGCCACAGAGGAGAGGAGCAUUUGCCUCCGAGGCCAAACCUCCUUGAAUGCAGGUGUCGCUUGCUCCAGGUGGGCGGAGACCCCGGGAAAAGCUGCAGUUGGGUCAGGACGGACACAGGUCACCUGCGUUUACUGCGGGAAGCACUUUGCUUACCUGAGCUACCUGAAACGGCACCUGCGCAUACACACAGGUGAGAAGCCCUACAGCUGCGUCCAGUGUGGAAAGAGAUUCUCUGAUGGCAGCAGCAGGAACAAACAUGAACGCAUCCACACGGGACGGAAACCGUUCAGCUGUGCACACUGCGGGAAGUACUUCUCCCGCCGCUGCCACCUGAAACGACACCAGAAGCUCCAUGGCAAAAUGGAGCUGCUCAGUUGUGGGUAACCAGGAUGUUUUCGGAAACAUGAUUUCAUGAAGUACUUCCCCCCGCACCUGAAGGGUGAGAAUCAUCAGUGAGAAUAUUCAACCCUGAAAGGUAUCUUCACAAUGAUGACAGUAUGCACUCCUGUUGAUAGUGCUCUAAUCUGGCACACUGUCUUUGAAAAAUAUUUUUUCAGAGAAAUGUGACUGCAAUUUUCAUGUUGUAUUAUGUGUGGUUUGUUUUUUUCUGUAUGAUACCAGUCACUGCAGCAGAUUCAGGUACAGUGGAUAUAGUUAAUAUUUCCAGUGCAAGGAUCUUGGAGAUUUAACAUUGUGUCAGAAAUGCUGCUUGCUUUCUUGGACCCUAGUGUAUGUUUCCUGUUGGUGAGAGACUGUCUCAUUUCAAUGCUUGUACAUUAUCAUACUCCUGUGUUAAUCCUUUGAAGAAUAGGUUUUCUGGAAUGUUCUUUAAAAAUUCAUUGAUCAAACCCCUUUGCUUUCAAUUGCCAGUAGUGAUUGUUACAUCGGCAUUAUAAUGUUCAAUUAACAACAUUCUUAUUACAUAUUUUGGUCUUGCACAAAAAGCUGUUUUGUUUUAUGGAAACAUGAUAUCAGUCAUUUAUCGUGAUGCAUGGAAAAAUUAUCAAAUAGAUCACUUUAAUUUCAUAUGUUGAUGAUUCUGUUGAUGUCAACUCAGUACUUUGUGUCAGUAAACCAUGUUGUCUAUUU